GCAGGAGGUGCUGUUUCAACUGGAGUAAUUCUCAUUCUGUAAGAAUGUGUUUACCAUACUCACCAGAUGUUCUCAAAGAUGGCCGACCCUGCUAUUUGGGCUACUGUCAGGGAGGAGAAUGUAAGCUGCAUCUUAUUACUACCUUUGACAGACUUCAUUCUUUCUUGCAAGCUCUGUCUGGGUUAAAUCUACGUGAAUUUUUGAAGUCAAAUACUGUUCUCCUUGUCAUAAUUGCUGUUUCUGUUUUAUGGAUUCCUGUUGCCUGCUGUUUUUAUCAAGCAGAUAAAAAACAAGGAAAGAAAUUAAUAAAGGAAAGCUGUGAGAAAACAUCAGUAAUAACAUUUAAAGACAGCUCUGAUGCAGCAUCCCCACACUCCUGGCUCAGCAGGUGUUGUAAUGUUUUAAGACAACGAGGGAAGGUUCACCCAACUACAGAAACUCAUUUGCCAAAGAUCAGAGGCCCGUUCAGAAGAAAUGCUUCACAGAAUUCAUCAAGAACUACAUCAUCCAUUGUAACAGCACCCAAUGUAAACACCAGUCAAAACCAGCAGAACAACUGUGUUGAUGUGACUAGACUUGACUAGAACAUUUUAUGAUAAAUGUGAUUUAAGUUAUUAAAAAAUGAAGAAGUUUUUGAACAAAAAAAGCUUGACCUGUUUGCUGAAAAAACACAUCAAAACAAGCACAGCCAUCAUAACAUCAAAAAGAUGGAAAAAAACCAUUGGUCAUAAAUGUCAUAUUAUUAUUUUUUGGAAUGUAUUUCUAAUGUCUUAUAUUGUCCUGUGUACACAAUUUUCCCUACACAUUACUAAGAUAAUUGUUUUUACCUCCCCUUUCUUAAAUUUAUAUUGUUGGGCUUACUCUAGUAGCCCACUUUUUUACUAUUUCUUUAUAUGAAUAUAGUUGUUUUUAUAUA